GAGGGCUUCCAGCAUCCCGAGUCUGGAGCCCCGCGCUCCAGAGGCUCCUCAGUGCCCAGCUGGGGGCUCCCCGCCCUGCUAAGGGGGUGCUGCCUAGGAGGGUUCCCCGCGGGCCCCGGCAGGAUGCACGCCGCCCUAGCGGGUCCGCUGCUCGCCGUCCUCCUCGCCACCGCCCGCGCCCGCCCGCAGCCCCCGGACGGAGGACAGUGCCGGCCGCCAGGAUCGCAGAGGGACCUGAAUUCUUUCCUGUGGACUAUUCGGCGUCACCCCCCAGCCUACCUGUUUGGCACCAUCCAUGUCCCCUACACCCGCGUUUGGGAUUUCAUCCCUGACAACUCCAAGGCGGCCUUCCAGGCCAGUGCCCGUGUCUACUUCGAGCUGGACCUGACAGACCCCUAUACUAUCUCUGCACUGGCCAGCUGCCAGCUGUUGCCGCACGGAGAGAACCUGCAGGAUGUGCUGCCCCGAGAGCUCUACUGGCGCCUGAAGCGCCACCUGGACUAUGUGAAGCUGAUGAUGCCGUCAUGGAUGACUCCUGCUCAGCGGGGCAAGGGGCUCUACGCAGACUACCUGUUCAACGCCAUUGCAGGCAACUGGGAGCGCAAGAGGCCUGUGUGGGUGAUGCUCAUGGUGAACUCUCUCACAGAGACAGACGUGCGCUCCCGUGGUGUGCCCGUGCUGGACCUCUACCUGGCCCAGCAGGCCGAGAAGAUGAAGAAGAGCACAGGGGCUGUGGAGCGGGUGGAGGAGCAGUGCCAUCCACUCAAUGGGCUCAACUUCUCCCAGGUGCUGUUUGCCCUGAACCAGACCCUGYUACAGCACGAGAGCGUGCGGGCUGGGAGCCUGCAGGUGCCCUACACCACAGAGGACCUCAUCAAGCACUACAACUGCGGGGACCUCAAUGCCGUCAUCUUCAACCACGACACGUCCCAGCUACCCAAUUUUAUCAACACUACCCUCCCACCGCAUGAGCAAGUGACAGCCCAGGAGAUUGACAGCUACUUCCGCCAGGAGCUCAUCUACAAGAGGAAUGAACGCAUGGGGAAGAGGGUCAUGGCGCUUCUGCAAGAGAAUGAAGACAAGAUCUGCUUCUUUGCCUUCGGAGCAGGUCACUUUCUAGGGAACAACACUGUCAUUGAUGUCCUGCGGCAGGCAGGGCUGGAGGUGGACCAUACUCCUGCAGGGCAGGCCAUCCACAGCCCUGCUGCUGGGAGCCCAGUGCCCGCUCCUGAGGGGACCUCAACCAGCCCUGCCCCAGCCACCCCAGCUGCCGCUGUCCCUGCAGCACCCUCAGUGACCCCCACCACCCCGCCUGAGGAGGAUGACCCAGCCCUGUCCCCACACCUCCUGCUCCCUGACAGCCUCAACCAGCUGGAGGAGUUUGGACGGCAAAAGAAGUGGCACAAGAGGCAGAAUAAACACCAGCGACCGCGGCAAUUCAAUGACCUCUGGGUCCGCAUCGAGGACAGCACCACCGCCUCGCCACCCCUGCUGCCCCUCCAGCCCACCCCCAGCUCUGGGACCGCCAAGACCCCCUUCCAGCUCUCGGACCAGCCCCAGCAGCAGGACCCAGCAGGGCCCGCCAGCAGCUCAGCRCCCACCCUGGGCCUCCUCCCCAUCCUCACCGCCACCGUGGUGGCCCCCUUCCUGCUGCACAAUCUGGGGCCCUCCUGACUUCUGCCACCCCGUGCAGAAGCCAGAGAAACAACACGAGGGUCCUCGGCCACACCCCACCGCUCUGGGGCAUGUCCAACCCCUCUGGGGCAGUCCAGUCGGGACCCAUUAGAACACUAGAGCUUUAUUUUACCCAAGUUACAUCUUCUUUUUUGUAGAAGGUCUUAAUUUCCCAUAGUGCUAUGGGGCUCUUUUGUAAAAUAUGUGUCCAUAUUAAAAGAGAAAAAUGUAUUUAUUCUACCGAUAAAACUAUUUUUAUGUGGCCUAUG